AUUUUUUUGAUUGUGUGUAUCUUUGUUGUCUUUGGACAUCUAGUUGGUAUAUAGAGACCGGUUGUAAUUGAUAUCUUCACGAUAUUAAUAUUAUUAUUUUUUUGGAAAAAGAAAUAGCAAAACAGAUAAUAAUUAAAUCAGUCACCGAGAACAAAUUAUCUAUAAAUAGAUACCGGGAGUGUAUCUCAUUCACGAAGACGUACGCAGUGGUGGCUAGCUUAUUGAUGCAUGCUACGUGCAUCUCUAACGACUGUAGCUUAGCCAGUAGUUGCCACUUGUACGCGCACAUCCAGAGUUCCAGACUGGUGCAAAUGGCAGCCGCCGACCAAGGCAAGACGGCGGCCAGGAGGUUCGGAUGGCUGUACGUGGCGCGGUGGGCGGUGGCGUCCGUGGUGACCAUGCUGGCCGUGGCGGUGAUCGUUCGCGCCGUUGUGGUGAUGCUCCGCCCCGAGAAGCUGCAGCUGAAGCUCUCCGGCGGCCGCGUCGCGGUCGACUCGAUCCCGUCGAUGCCGCCGCCGGGCAACGAGGUGGCGCUCAACUUCGUUCUCAGGGCCAACAACCCCAGCGGGCGCGCCUUCGUCGAGUACACCAACGUCACCGUCCGGCUCACGGACGUCUCGAGCGCGUCGGCGGCGGCGCCGGCGAUGAUCGCCGAGUUCCCCCUGCCGCAGUCGAUCCCCGUGUUGCAGCAGACGGCGCACGAGGCGAUCGUGAGGGUGGGGAUGACGCCGGGCGAGGACGUGCCGAUGCGGUACGUGCAGGCGCUCUUCGAGGGACGCAGCAUCGACGGCGUGGAGAUGAUGCUGCGCGGGGACUUCCACAGCCACGUAGAGAUGGCCAGCGGGGACUACGUCACUACCAGCGACCCCGCCACGUACUACUGCUGGCCGGUGACCAUCGCCGUCGGUGGCUCGUCGUCGUCGUCGUCGCCGGACUACACCAACGUCGUCGUCACCGACGCGCCCUGCCUCGACAAGUCGGAGGCCCCGGCCAUCGUGUGAUUUGAGGCUAGCUCCGACGGUAGCAAGCUAGUUGGUGUGGGUCAACCAAUGUAAGAAUCGAUUGAUAAGGGGAGCUACAUGCAUGUAUGGCGAUUGACCAUCGAUCCAUGCAUGCAUGGCCGCUGCCUAGCAUUUGCACGCCUGUCAGUGUGAGUUUAAUUUGAGACAGUACGUACUCCUCUCAGUUAA